AUGGGGGCUCUUCCAAGCCACGAGACACACGCGCGUGGCCUCUACAGCCACCGCCAUGGGCGCAACCGACGGAAUGAAAUCAUUCUCAUUCCUUUGACAACAGCCUUCUUCCCCAGCCCCGACUGCCCGCUAUUCCAGAACCUGUACAACUCGAGGUACCGGCGCACUGCCAAGUACUACUUCCGUGCUCUGCGUAGUGCUCAGACACCGCGCGACAGCGACUAUUUCUGCCUCACAACGGCUAUCAAUGAGGAAGAGGCCUUCGAAAAAUUUUACAGGGAAUACCUGGAGAAGUGCAAGCUCGGGGGUGGAGAGAGGAACAUGGCCGCGGCGACAGCGGCAAUGAUGUCAUCCACAACCUCCUCCCUGCUCCUGUCUGGCAACGCAACCACCGGCAGCGGCGCCAAUGUGGGAGGUACACGCGGACCGGCAAGCGCAACUCUGUUGGCCCAGUCACCUCAGGAUUGCUUGAAUGCACAGGGCUUUCCGCCCAAGGUGGGCUCGAUGGAAUUCCGCAGCUACUCCGACACCCGCGAAGGACUGUACCAGAUCCUCAUUCGCGAUAACGAGCCGGGCGUCUUCGCAACGGAUGAGGCGUUGAGACAGGCAUACUGGAAGCAGCUGCAGGAGCAGCAGACGGAGCGUCAGCGCGCGUAUCAGCAGCAACAUGGAAUGCGCGCUGCUGCACAGGCGGCAGCAGGCGGCGCGGGUUCGGGCGGUUUGGUGCCACCUUCGCCCCCACUCCCUCCACUGUCGUCGGUGCCACUGUCUCCUUCGGCCGGUAUGAGCGGCGCAUCCCCGCCUUAUGGAGGCUCCAACACCCCCGGCACCCCCCCAGAAGCGAGCGCCACCAUGUUGUCGAUGGAUGACUUGUCGUUUGACGAGUUCGUCUCUGGCUACAUGGCAGCGAAGCGCUACAUGAAGGGCAAGCCGUUGCACAGCCACUAUAGCACCGCCGUGGCCGCCAAUGCCAAAGGAGACUCGAUCACGCCGGGCAUGGGUGCGAAAGGCACUGCAAAAGUGCCAGACGAGUACUCGGCAAUCCGCUACAAGCACGUUACGUCGCCGGUCGCAUAUGACGUGCGUCCGCUUCCGUGUGUGAUUGCUUCACGCUACGACCCCGGGAAGCCGCAUCCCGUAGACGACCCGCUCUACGUCGAGUUCGGUGGCUCUUAUUUGAGGAUUAUGGGCAUGUUUGGCCUCUUCCCGUCAACCGUCGGCAUGCGCCGUGGGGCAGGACGCCACGGCGCGGAAGACGACACCGGCGCCGCCAAACCACAGCGCAGCUUUCCGCGCAAGGAAGGCAACUGCAACGGCGACGACGACAUUGACGAGAAGUAUGAAGUUGAGCAACACCUGCUGAAGGGGACGAUGUUUGUGGACAAGGACGUCGGCGAUCAGAUUCUCGGUAACAUGGUGAUGCUUGCCACAUACAUGUACGUGCGCCAGUGCAUUGAGGCACGCAUCAACCCCCAGGCGAUUCCCAUGCUCCCAGUGCUGAUACGCUUUCCGCUGUCGAACAUUCCCAUGCUGCAGUUUGUGCGCGAGUUCCGCGUCCGCCUGCGCAGCCUGCUGGAGGCGGGGACGGCGAAGGCAGGCCAGAAGCCGGUGCACAUCGGCAUGAGCGGUUUCAAUCCCGAGGACCUUGCCGAGCCCCACCACCCGCAGCUGCAGCGCCUCGAAGAGGAGGGCUACCUCUUCGAGCCUGAUAUCCCAUCCGCCGAAACGCUGCACCAGCUGUUCAUGUCUGCAGAGCAGGCAAAGUCCCCCAGUGCGCCACUGCGACGCCACAGUGGACUGAAAACGCUCAGUUGCGGCAAAUACCCAAUUAUCAUGAUGUCUGGCUUCAAUGUGCAGUCGACACCACUGCGGCACCCGGCCUUGAACACGACAGGGUACCCGCCUGCCGUGGCUGCUGCUGCCAUGAUUGCUGCCGCGCACCGCCACUCUGCGAUAUCCAGCCCGCAGUCAAGCACAAAAUCAGGGUCUACGUACACCACGUCUGGCACCGCCGGGGGAAUGGGCUGCGUCCCAACCUUUCCCUUGACAACACCACCGCCACCACUGCCUGGGCAUGCGGGGGCCACGUUGGCGACAAACAGCACCGCCUUGCCGCCCCCUCCGCCACCGCCGCCAGCGCAUGGUGCGCCAGCUUCGGCGUCCGCUCCUACGACACCCGCUGAGGAGGCGCGAAGAAUUUCCCUGUUGCACCGGCGCAAGCACCGCUUCCGGAUGUGGGUCGAGGAUGGCCACGUCUGCGUUUGGGCGAGCGCAGCGUACGCCCGUCGCGCUGCGCUCAUUAUGGCGCAGCAGCUCAACACAACAGUGGACAGCAACUCGGUCCCGGAGCAGCGCUCGUGGAACUACCGUGGAUUGCUGCACGCGAAUACGACGGUGCCACUGCCACGGCACAUCAACGACGUCAUCAUUGUGGCCGAGGACAUCCCUGCCAUGGGUUUGUGGCAGGGAGAUGUGCUGCGGUGCUGCACGCAGGCGGAGCUUCAGGUAAUGAUCACAUCCAACGGGACGGCUCCGCUACCGCUUCCGUGUUCCCUAGAAGAAACUGCAGCCAAGGGGGCUGUCACCACCACCAGCACAGCGGAGCGGCAAGCCACCUCUCUAUCUGCCCCCAGCGGUGCGAAGCCUGCUACCAUGGAGCCGAUCGGCGGCGCCAAGAGCCUUUCUGUCAGCUCCAGCAUGGUGGAGGGCACCGUUGCUGCCGCUGACGGUGGCGGCCAUGUCAGCUUCACUAGCAACCACGUGAGCAACCCGUUCUUACAGGAGAAGGAGAUGGCUAUGCCAGGAGCAUUCUGGGUGCGCGGCGCCGGUGGACUGGACGACUCCUUCACAAACAUCACGGAGACGAACAUGCCGCCCCACCCAAAGGCCGAGAAGCAGCAGCUGCAGGCUGCCAUGCAGCGGGCAAAGAAGGCCGCCGCCGCUGCUGCUGCUACUGCUUCUCAGAACAGCGGCAAAAAGCGACGCAGCACGAACCCCGAGGGUGCUGUGUCCGCCGCUGCGCAGCUGUUCAUCGAUAUCGACCGUCGCGAGGGGACGCUGAACAUUGAGGAGGUGGUGCUGGCCUGGAUCAAGGUGGUCGCCAUUCUCACUCGCGACUCUACUGAGGAGGACCGCGCGUGGGUACGCGACCCGCAGGGCAACCCAGUCCGCGUAGACCGCUACGUCAUCCGCCGCUACGAGCAUGACGGGGUGCGCUUCUUCAUUGGUGUCACCCCGCGCUUCGUGGGCCAGCAGCGCCGCAUUGAAAAAGUGCUUGGCGAGGUUUACGCGCUGGAGGAGCGCGAGGGUCGUCGCUGGCACCUACAGAACCAGUCUCGCGGUGAGGAAGACGAGAGGUACGACGCUGGGCUUCACGCCGGCCGUGACGACGACGACUACCACGAGGAGACUGAGAAUCAGUGCCACUCGUCCUUGUCGCUUCUCUCCCGACGCACAGAGUCUCUUUCCUACGGCUUUGCCCCCUCUCUCACCUCAUCUCUGAAGGCGACAGACAGCGGUGCUGGUGGCAUGGGCAGCAUGUUCGACGGUGUCUGGGGCACAUCGGUGAUGCCGACGUCCCACUCGCCACUGUUGACCACGCCGUGCACACCGGCUGUACCGCUGGUCAUUGAGUCCAAGUGGCAUCCUCCUCUGACGGAGUCGUUGAAUGCAUUCCUCCCCCGAAGCAGCUCAGGAGGGACUGUCGAGACCAGCUCUCGGCUGGCCUUCGCGGCGGUCUUUGGAAAUACCGCCCAGACAACCGGCAGACCUGCUGCCACGACGCCAGUAAGAGCAAGGGAUGGGGAGCUGAUGGACACUGGCUUUGAGGUGGACGAUCUGCUGAAGCAGUACACGUCGGAACCCUUCUUCUUGGGCGGUGUAGACGACGAGUGA